CCUAUGCCUUUUCUCGGUUUCUUGUGAUCAGCCGUGUACCACCGCCGGAAAACCCACUCAGUCCGCUCUCUCCAGCUCAUCCUGCUAAAAUGGCCAAAUCAAGAGUUUUCUUCGAUAUCACCAAAAACGCCUCUCCCAUGGGCCGGAUUGUGAUUGAGCUCCGUGGCGACGUGGUGCCCAAGACUGCUGAGAACUUCCGUGCUCUCUGCACCGGCGAGAAGGGCUUCGGCUACAAGGGCUCCAUCUUCCACCGCAUCAUCCCCGGCUUCAUGUGCCAGGGUGGUGACUUCACCAACCACAACGGAACUGGUGGAAAGUCCAUCUACGGCAACAAGUUUGUUGACGAGAACUUCACCCUGAAGCACACUGGCCCUGGCAUCAUGUCCAUGGCCAACGCCGGUCCAAACACCAAUGGAUCCCAGUUCUUCAUCUGCACAGCCAAAACAGCAUGGCUCGAUGAUAAGCAUGUGGUGUUCGGGUCUGUGGUUGAGGGGCUGGAUGUGGUGAUGAAGAUGGAGCAAUAUGGCUCCCAGGCUGGCAAAACCUCAGACAAGAUCGCCAUCGGCGACUGUGGGGUUCUCUGAGCUCGAGCACUUAACCCUUUCUGCUUGCCCUGUAGCCACACCCCUGUAGGCUCCGGCCCCCCCACCCACCCGCCCCACUCUGCCAUUCAACAUUCCUAUUGAUGGAGAUUCAAAUGAUCCCCCUCCCCAGCCCUCUUUUUUUUUUUUUUUAUUCUGUUAAAAUCCUGUUGCUGCAUUUGUGACUUUGCAUUUGAAAGUUUCUUUUGCAUUAAUGUUUUUUUCCACAAAAUCCCAACAGUUUUUUGUUAAGUCAAAAAAUGAAAGUAAAACUGAAAAGAUGCCUUGACCAUUGAAACGUGUGUUUUUGUUUGAACUACAUAGAAUUCUUUGUAACCAAUGUGUUUCCUCUACAGCUAGUUUUUAUUCAGAAUGGAUUGUGUCAAAGCUCUAUUGAUCUGGUGUCAGCUGUUUAGAUCUGACAUGGUAGAAACGGCACCAGAGAAUUCAAUUUUGCCAGUGAUUUUAAACUGUUGUAGAGGACAAGUCAGCGUAGUUCUUCAGUGACUCACUGAAGCAAAUUGUUUUAAAUAUUUUACAUUCAAAAUACUGAUGCAAGUGAAUUAGAACAGAACAUCACUAAUAAAAGGGCAGAGGAAAAUGUGUUGUCUCAUCAGAAACUGCAGACUACUAAUUCACAAAAUGUAAAUUGCAUUAACACUAAGGAUGUGAUUAAAAAAAUAUAGUUUGCUAAUUUGUAACUGUUGGUGCGAAGUAGCCAAUUUGAUAACUUCUCAUGGCCAGACCAAAUGAAUGUCAUCUUUAUAAAAGUGAAGCUCUUCAUACUAGCACAUGACAUGUUAAAUGGCUACAGUUUAUUACAUUUAAAGCCACGCUUGUACUUUAAACAGAAAUUCUUUAUUUUCCACAUAAUCUGGUGUUUCAUCUACACGAUCACUCAUACAAAAAGGAAAGUGCUCGUCAUUCAUGGCUAUAUACUUUAUGUGUUGGAAUUGGAACUGCUUUAAUAAUCAUGAUCAAAAUAUGCAGAAUAAUAUAAACAGUCCCAAUGUA